AUGUUGCAGUAUUUCAUUCUUCUCGGCGUCCUCUUCUUAGCAGAGCUAAGUGCAGGCGUUUUUACCUUCGUCAAAUGGGAUAAGUUCAGUGACGAAACGUUGAAAACCAGGCUUCUCAAAGAUUUUGAUAUCGAGGUUGAAAAGCCAAGUGACUUCUCAAAAGCGUGGCGGGACAUGAUGACCGAGUUCCAAUGUUGCGGCGUAAAUGGCCCCGAUGAUUUUAAAACACUACCACUACCCUGCUGCAAACUGAAAGCAUCCGCUAGUUGCACUCAGGAAAGGGCCUAUGAACAGGGUUGUAUGGAGGUAGUCUAUGAUCGCUACAAAAAUUUCCUCUAUAUAGGAGGAGCAUUGAUGAUUCUGGUGUUGAUCUUGGAGCUUGUUUCCCUGUCCAUCUCUAUGUGCCUCUUCAGGGGACUCCGGCCUCUCCAGACUAUGUAGUCUAUUUCGACUUGUUUUUAUUUUUUGUUUUUGUUUUUACCCCGAGGGAAAAAAAAAGGUAAUCUAUGAGGAAUGAAGAAAUCAAGAAUUUUAAAUAUACUGAACUCAUUUCAAUUGUUUGUUUGGAGUUUAAAAAAUCCCUUGUUAAAAUAGCUGUACUUUGCAGCUGGACUUUAUUGGGUUAUCAAGUAAUCCAUGUACUUGCACACAUCAGAGAAAGUUGGAUAUCGGAGCCAAAGCUGAUGUAAAAAGGUCUUGCGCAGGACUUGCGCAGACGAGGUUUGAAAUUGAGUGGACGUGAGACUCAGGUGCCCUUUUUAUCGUCCACAAAUAAGUAUCCAAACAUUGAAUAUGGCAUUAACAUAGAAUAUAAAUAAAUCAGGGCCUAAUGAUAUACCCUUGAGGUACCCCAUUAGUCACCUUUUAGUAGCUAGGUUCUUAUGUUAUUUAAGUAAACAUUCACAAGCAAGUUGACUUCUGUACCCUACCCUCUUAUACCAUUUGCGCUAUUAUUUUUAUUUUUUUAUUAGUGUACAAUCAAGUUUAGAUCUAUAAAGACAUUGACUGCAUAUUUACCACGCCCACAAAUUUCCUAUUGGCAGUGAGGUCUUUUUUUUUUAAACCAUAUUGAUAGUCGCUUAAAAGGUUGUUUCUCAAUGAAUGUAUCUAUGUGAAUACUUUAACUAGAGGUUACAAACAUAUGUAAAUCAAAUAUAUGUAAAUGGAUGUAUUAUAUUUUCUGUACCCUUUACUAAUACCAUCUUCAUAUCAAAACAUUUUUUAUUUUCUAUUUCUAUCAUAUAAAGGAUUAAUGAAUGUCGAGGAUGAAUUUUAUUGAAUAUACUUUGCUAUUUUAGAUGUAUUUUGUGACUCAGGAAUUCCUUUAGCUAAGCUGAUAAGGGUGUGUCCUAAUGUGCACUUUGGCUGCGCUACUCUCUAUCACUGCCUAUAGUAACACAGUUGUU